AUGUAUUUGUAUAAUUUUCUGGUUCCUAUAUGGUAUAGUGAGGCCCACUGGUGUUCCCUGAGGCUUGUCUUGGUGUGUGGCUUGCUGGAAGCAACAUCUCUGGUGAAAGUGAAGAAUCCUGGAGGGAAUUCAGUAAGCAUUGGCUCAGCUCAGGCUCAUGAUUUCCUGACUAAUUCUCGACCGAAGAGGAACGUCGACCCUAAGUGGUACAGAGGAAAUCCUGAUUUUCAGUCCUACUACCGUUUCUACAACAGCAUUGGACACAUUGAAGGAAUUUAUGAGAUCGACAGGAUCCGAAUGCUGUAUCAGCAGAUGCGACACUUGGAGUUAACUUAUGGCCCUGAUGCCUCCAGUUACCAAAAUGCCCUGGGUGUACUGACCACCACCGAAGCUCCAACUACUACCACUCAGCCUCCUCCACCCCCCACCACCCCUGCUCCCACACCAGACCCUCUGGAGAAUGCCCAGAAGAUCUAUCUCUGUCAUCCCAAAGACCCCCUGUGCAAACCUCAGAUUGUCUACCUGCCAACAGGGGCCGUUCCAGUCCUGUGCGACCCACGUCACAACCCCGCCUGCAGGCCCAAAACAGAGGAGGAGAUAAAAGCUGCUGCUCCUCCCAAACCAACCCUGCCUCCUCCUGCUCCUCCUGCUCCCAAAAAGUCCGACCUAACUCCCCCUCCUCCCCCAGUCAUUUUCAAAGGUAUGGAGUAUGACUGUGACCCAUACUGGGACCCUGACUGCCUCAUUGAUCAUCCACCCCGCCCUAUCCUGGAAACAAAAGCUCCAGAGGCACCUGCAGAGGAAAAAGUGGAAAAAGAAGUGGCAAAAGUAGAGGAAACUGCCCCACCAGCAGCAGCAGCCACCCAGAAACCUCUCUACCCUUUCUUUGAUCCUUAUGAUUUCAAACGUGACCUCUAUGACCCCUUCAAUUAUGUUGAUCCAGCAGCUGAAGAGUAG